AUGGCUUCUCAGACCAACUCCAGCAUCGCUAUGGCUCUUGCUGGCAAGACCGCUUCGGUCGAUAUCCCUCGGCCCCGUAUAAGCGCCGGAAAGCCCGCUGCUCACGGUCAACCCGCCAUGCUUCCCACGCCACCCAACUCCAUCUCGCCCACGCUUCCUCCUCAAGCCUUCAAACAGCGCCACGUACUGUCGUCCGGCUCGCCACUAUCCGCGGUGCCACAGUUGGACUCCGACAUCGACUUGCAGGACGAUGACGGCCUCAGCCUCAACCAGCGGUCCGCGCACACGCUGGAACUGGACCACGAUAGCGCCGGCGAUAUCACUCCCGCCAUGCUAGCCAAGCAUCAUCUGCCCGACAUCCUGCUCCAGCAGGGUCCGUUGGCUAUCCGCCACGUUAUGGGCUUCCUGACGACCUCCGUGCCAGGCUUCUCCCGCAUCCCGCCUGCCAAAGCGCGUCGACUCGUGGUAUCUGCACUCGAAGGCCGAGGCAACGGCGGUGAAGCAGGAGGUGUAGACGGCGACGUGGUCUUUGAAAAGGUUGGCUGGGGUCGAUGGGACGCGCGACGAGACGGAGAUCCUGCCCGAGAGCGCUCCUUCAACGCGUCGUCGCCACCAUCCAGCCUCGCCGGAUCCUUUCACCAGCGCGGUUUGCAGAUCGAGGGUCACUCGGGGUGGGCUCGAGGACGCGAUCCGUAUGCGAGCAGUGUGCGCGACUCGGUGGCAUUCUCGUACACCGCUGAAGACAUGGGCUUCGGCGCCCGGGACUUGGACAUGCUCGAGCACGAGGCUGACAAAAUGUCGCUCGACGGCGACGAGUACUGCUCUUCUUCCGAGGCGCCGGACGACCUCCAGGAGAACGAUUGGAAUGAAGGCGACGUGACCGAUGAAGAAGAUUGGGCGCAAAUUGGGGCGGACGCCCUGCGUGCACGCUCGCUUAAUAACACCGGUGGGAUCAUGAAAAGCAACGUUGCGGCUCGCGCGCAGCCUCUUUUUGGUGUCGGCAACAGCCCCACUGUGGCCAAAUCGGCGCCCCGCACCUUUGAUACCCAGGAACGCGCUGCGGUAGAGGCGCUUCUUCGUCUGGGCUCUAUGUAA